CCGAGCGCAGUAAGCUGAUCCCUCCCGCCGGCGGCAGCCACCGGUGCAGCGCGGUUGCCGAGCCCGGCGAUGCGUUAGGCUGCGGGCCUUGGCCGCCGAGGCAGCAUGGCCCGGCCCGUGCAACUGGCGCCGGGCUCCUUGGCGCUCGUGCUCUGCAGGCUGGAGGCGCAGGAGGCGGCGGGGGGCGCUGAGGAGCCGGGUGGGCGUGCGGUGUUUCGCGCCUUCUGCCGCGCCAACGCACGCUGCUUCUGGAACUCGCGGCUGGCGCGCGCCGCCUCGCGGCUGGCCUUCCAGGGCUGGUUGCGGCGCGGGGUGCUGCUGGUGCACGCGCCUCCGGCCAGCCUGCAGGUGCUGCGCGACGCUUGGUGCCGUCGGGCGCUGCGCCCGCCGCGCGGCUUCCGCAUCCGGGCGGUGGGUGAUGUCUUUCCAGUGCAAAUGAAUCCAAUAGCUCAAUCUCAGUUUAUACCUUUGGCUGAAGUUCUUUGCUGUGCUGUAUCUGAUAUGAAUGCCGCUCAGAUUGUAGUAACACAGGAAUCACUAUUGGAACAUUUGGUGAAACAUUACCCAGGCAUUGCAAUUCCAUCUCAAGAUAUUCUCUAUACCACUCUGGGAACUCUCAUUAAAGAAAGGAAGAUUUAUCACACUGGAGAAGGAUACUUCAUAGUUACUCCUCAGACUUACUUCAUUACAAAUACAACCCCCCAAGAAAAUAAGAGAAUCCUAUCAGAUGAAAGUCCCUGGAUGCCAACUUCCAUUACCUACCUGGUGAAUGUGGAAAGCUGUGCAGACUUAACCAAAGAAAAUGCGACCCCCAUAUCCCAUUGUCAUUCUUGCCAGUGUUUCCAUGAUGUGUGCACUCAGGAUAUACAGAAACCACCAGCUGCUGGAGAAGUGACUAGAAAAUGCCAGAAAGGUCUUGGGGAAUCCAAACCUUUGGUACAGAAUCGAACAGUUUCAGUGUCUGAGGAGAAUCACGUCUGUGACAGCGCCAAACCUUUACCAUUCACAAAAGACAGAGAAAAAGCCAAGAAAUUUGGCUUUAGCCUUUUCUGGCGCAGUAUAUCCAGAAAGGAGAAGUCCAGAACAGAGCACAGCAGUUUCUCUGCUCAGUUCCCACCAGAAGAAUGGCCCGUCCGAGAUGAAGAUAACUUGGACAAUAUCCCUCGAGACAUUGAACAUGAGAUAAUCAAACGAAUUAAUCCCAUUUUGACUGUUGACAACUUAAUCAAACAUACUGUCAUAAUGCAAAAAUACGAAGAACAGAAAAAAUGUAAUAGCCAGGGCACUUCCACUUAUAUGCUGACACUCAGGCAUAAGUAUCCUUCAAAAGUGGGAGUUAAGAAAAGUCAGGGCCGGUCUGUAAAGCCUCGAAGGCGGGGCCAUUCACAUAGAGAUAGAGACAAAGCCAGGAGUCAGGGAAGUGGGCCUCAGCCAGGAAGCAUUAGGCUGGAGAAACACCCCAAGCUCCCUGCUACACAGCCCACCCCCGGAAUUAAAAGCCCAAAUGAAGUAGAACUUCAGAAACCACUUGGUGAGAAUCCAUCAGUGCUAGGUUCCCAUUUGAUUUACAAAAAGCGAAUCAGUAAUCCUUUCCAGGGUUUCUCUCACCGAAGGAGCCCAAUAACCAAAGAGCACAACGUCCAGAAGACCAGUGAUCUGAAAACCAGUCAGAUUGGACCAAAGGGAAAGCCUUUCCAAAGGUCAGGGUCUUUGGAUUCCUCAAGAAUCUUUGAGAGUGAAGCCAAACAGUCAUACAGUGAACAAUGUAAUGAUAAACUGAGAGCAGAAUCCAUUUAUGUGAAUCACUCUACUGUCAAACCUAUCGGUGAUGACUUUAGAGAUUACCUCUUCAAUUACUCUCAGUGUGGUGUUUUGCAAAAUGAUAGUAAAUGCUGUUCCUUCAGGGAAAGCACGUUGAGAUGUGAUGUGUAUGGUGGAGAAAAUGAGGCAAUCCCUGAAGUCUCGAGGAAAAGUUACUCUAAUUUUGACACAUUAGAAGAGACAAAAGAAACACAGCAUGUCCUGCCAUCACGAGGUUCCUCUUCUUUAGACCAGGCGUCCUCUGCUUGUAGAUUAGUUGAUGAAACAAUACACCAGUUCCAAAAUCUUGGUCUUUUGGAUUACCCAGUUGGUGCAAACCAUUUGAGACAACCUGAGAGACAAGACAGAGACUCAGAGGAAACUCUGAUGAGAAAGGCAUUUAUCCAGGAAGCAGAGACUGUGAGUCUAGAAAAUGAAGGACUUUCUGAUGAUGACCAGGCCUUGUAUCAGAAUGAAGCCGAUGAUGAGGAUGGGGCCUGCAGUUCAUUGUAUCUAGAUGAGGAUGACUUUUCUGAGAAUGACGACUUAAUUCAAAUGCUGCCUGGCCACAUUCAGUUUUCCUUUCCAGGGGGAAACAAGUGGAAUCAUUUAGGAAAACAAAAGGUGACCGAGAGGUCUCUGACUGAGUACAAUAGCAACAUACAGAGGUUUGAGCCUCUGGUGCUUAAAGGAAAUGAACAUUACAAGCCCACUGGGUUGCUUACUAACCCCGGUGAAGGCCAAGAACCUAAUCUCUCUGCUGAAAACUGUGUCCUCAAUUUAGGGAUCCAGUCUGGUUUUGACUAUGAAAAGGAGCCCAGUGUAGCUAAAUGUGUACAGGCCUCAGCACCUGCUGAUGGAAGUAUAUUUGAUUACUACAGCACAAGGAAAGCUGCUUCGGAGGCUGAAACCCUACAAGACCCUGUUGGUGACACAGGAAAGAAACCAGCCACCUGGAGUCAGAGUGCUCAGAAUCAGGAAAUGAGAAAACAGUUCACACACAAGUUAGAACUGUUCAACACUUUGCAUAUGCCAGCGUUGGCUCAGGACGUCCAACCUGAACAUAGUCACUUGGAAGGAACAGAAAAUCAGAGCAUGGCAGGAGAUAGUGGAAUAGAUUCUCCACGGACACAGAGUCUGGCAUCUAAUAAUUCAGUCAUUUUGGAUGGACUAAAAAGAAGACAGAAUUUUCUGCAGAAUUUUGAAGGCACAAAAAGCAGUCAAACUCUCACGUCCAAUUCCUUACUACAACUAACUCCAGUCAUAAAUGUUUAAUUCUUUCUUUUUUUUAAGAUUUUUUUUUCGAUGUGGACCAUUUUUAAAGUGUUUUAUUGAAUUUGUUACAACAUUGCUUCUGUUGCAUGUUUUUGGUUUUUUGGCUUUGAGGCAUGUGGGAUCUUAGCUCACUGAACAGGGAUCUAACCCAUGCCCCCUGCCUUGUAAGGUGAAGUCUUAACCACUGGACCUCCAGGCAAGUCCCAAAAUGUUUAAUUCUUAUUUUUCUUUUGGAAACUUUUUUGUAAAAAUGUACAGCAUUAAUAUAGAAUGUUUUAAUCAACUGAGUUUGUAAGAAUUCUCUAAGGCCAAGCAUAUAUGUUACUAACCUCAUUACAUAUUUUGUUGUAGUUACUGGUUUUUUUCCUUUUUUGACAUUGGCUUUUUUAAAGCUUAUUUUACUAUAAAUUUAUUGGGAAUAUAUAGAUUGUUUACAAUAAA